AUGUCCAAGCUCAUACUGAUGAGAAGGCUUGUGCGAGGGCUGGCCCGUCAGCCCAUCGACCCCCGGCAAUUUUCCAAGGCCGGCCCGGCCUUAGCGAGGCCUCAAGCAAACAUGGCCGACCCGUCCCGGCCCGAAAAGCUCAAAGUUUCUUCAAUACGAAUAUCCGGCUUUUUUACGACAGAUUUUUUGCUUAUUUUUCACUUAGCGUUCAACAUAAACUAUGAUUUUAUUUUUUAAGCGCAGGCUUUAUCUAAAAAAUGAAGCCGUAUAAGCAACACUGGUUGAACUUUUGUCAACUUUUGCCCCAGCUGAGCCACCGCUUUAGCACAGUUGGGUCACCGAUUUUCGAAAUGGACACAUCUGGGUCACCUAUUUUUUCUUAAACCCGUGUUUUUCCUCUGUUUUAGCACAAAUGAGACUCAAACAGCCUAAAAAAAACUUUGGUAUAAUCGGGUACACUCGUGGGGACAUCUGGCCAUCAUGAGUGGAUUUUCUAGUGACCCCUAUAGUAGCCUCAGCGCUCUCAUAUGAUCCCUAGAAACACUCAGAAACGCCCGGUUUGCGUUACCUAGGCGUCUUGAAACACUUUCCAAAUUAUGUGAGCUAUGAUAGACUGUUUUUUUAGUGUUUUAUUUGUAUUAUGAAAAAAUCCCGUUUUUUUUUUGAAUAUUGAAUGUCGAAUAUUGACAUUAGGCGAAUAAGAAUUUGAAAAAAACCACGCACUAGUAAUCUUUAAAAAGUCGACUUAGUACCCAAGAAAAUUGACUUUUUUUUUCUUUUGAGUCUCGUAUUAUACUUUAUCGGUUGCAGCCAAUAUUUAUGUGUUUCGUUCACAUACUUUUUUUUUCGCAUUUUACGGUUUUUUUUUCAAAUUCGAAGUUUUUUGUUCAGUCUUAGAGCAGCGGACAAUUGCACCAAAAAAAGAAUGAUUGGCUCUUUAAAAGAACUAUUCAAACCUUCAAUUAGUUUGAAUGCUCCUUUUAACCGAAAAAAAUUCUCGUUCGGGUUUUUUGGCCACCUGAGAAACCACUUUGAAAAAUCAGCGUUCGUCAUAUCUUGUUUCCUCGAGAAUAUAUUCUGAAUAUCCCUUUUCAUCUGCGGAUACUUAAUCUGGCAGGAUAAACUCCAGUUACGACACAUAAAAAGCGUAAGCGAAAGCCUCGUGUUGGCUGGCUUGAUCGCAGGAACAGACGACGGCCGUCACUCAGCUCCAAUGAAAGGUGGCUCUGUUGCUCUUAGCAGCUCAUAUUGCCCAGCUCUUUGUUUCCGGCCGAUGAGCGUUGAAAAGACAAACGCCGGCUCGCGCUUCUUGCGACUUCUUCCUUAUGAAUGCUAA